GUUUGUGUUUUGCUCAUGCUUAUAUAUUUUUUAGUAUAAUAAUGAAUACCGGACAUCCUGUAAUGUUGUGAUUUUCCUUGACUGCUUGCACUCUUUGCAUAAUAACUCUGAGAGUUGGGAUGAUCAUAAUCGUGUACUGAAGAUCAUUACAGACAUGUUCCUCCCUCAUAUUGCUUUGUCUGAGCUGGAAGAUGAGUGCUUCUCAAAGAUCUUACCGAAGGCGGUGACAAUGUUUGACAGCAUGAUGAAGGAAAUCUUGGAACAAGUUGGAGGGCUGUCCAGUCAAAAUACUGAAUUGUGUGCCCUACUGAGGAACAUUCUGCAGGCAAUGAUGCAGUUAAUUGAUGCACUAUCCACUUGUGUGCGUCACAUUAGCACAUUUGAAGAAGCUCCUGACUUAGAUGCCAUCCGCUCGUUACCAACAUGCAUCCUAAAAGUCCUGAGGGAAACUUUUCAACACUGCAAGGAAAGCGAGGUGGUUUACUGUGGCCGUCUGUCUCUGGUGGCUGACCUGCUGCAGGGACUCUUCAAAGAAGCCUACUCCCUCCAGAAGGGUCUAUUGGAGCUGCUGGACAGGAUCUCCCUGGACAGCAGUGCCUCAGAGGAAGAGGUCUGUGAUGUUGUAACAGUGAUUCACAACUUGCUGGAUAUCUGCUCUAUUAUCUCCAACCUGGACAUCGCACUACAUGCAAACACAUGGAAAUUCCUCAUCAAACAGAGUCUGAAGUACCAGUCAUUGGUGGAGGAACAUCUACACCAUGGUGACAUCAGCAACAGUCUGUGUGACAACCUGCUGACCUCCUUUCACAGCUGUAUCGAGCUGGGUGAACAGAUUAAACAUGCUGGCCUGCAGGAGGCAACACAAAGUCCAGAAUACAAGCUGUUCCAGAAAACUGCAAAGAUGUGUAGAUUUUUUGCCAACACUUUGGUUCAUUACAUAAAGGAAUUCAAAUUUUUUCUGACAAAGUAUUGUAGCUGCUUUCACCAACUCUACCUCCAGAUCAUCAGCAAGUUUCCUCCCAGCUUGUGUGCUCCAACACUACCUUCGGCUCUGUACGAGGAGCUGAAAGCCGCAGCUCUGGUUCCCAUGGACGCCCUCCUUCUCCAGCUGUUGCCUUUAAGGCCCUUCGCUGAAAUUGUCCUUCAGCAGGACCUGCAGUUAACUCGUGAACAUGAACUUCCUCAGUGCCUCUUGCUGGUGAGCGCCCUCGGUCAGCUCUCAUCCCAACCAGAGGAGGUGCUGCAGCUCUGGUACACUGGCAGCCAGUUCUCGGAGGAAACACCCAGACUCCCUCUCUACCAGGCCUUGUUCACUAGUUUCAGGCGAUGCUUUACUGAGCGCCAGGUACCUGUGCUGUUGCCAGGGGUGAUGAUGAAGGGUCAGGCCCAGGUCCAGGUCUCUCUGCACAACCACAUCUGUGUGCAACUCUGUGCCAGUGUAGCUGCACUUACCCCGGUGUACUUCCCCGUGCUGGAGCGUUGUUUGGUCAAUACUGUACUACAGGCAGAUACUCAGACAGCUUUACUGGCAACAGAUGUGUGGUGCUUUACAGCACGGUAUGGGACAGCAGAACUUUGUCUGCAUCAUGUCCUGCUUGUUGCUCAGCUGGUGAAAGCUUGCACCACUGAGUGUUACCAGUCAGUCCACCUGGGCCUGCUGCUCAAACGCAUGGUUUUCCUCAUGACGCCGAACCACCAGAUGGCGCUGGUAGAGCGUUUCCCACCUUCUGAGGUUGAAAACCUUCCAGUGUGGCGACACGUCCUUCUCAGAGCUCUUUCACAUGAUGCUCGUCAACGCGUUGAGACCGACAUCAUUGGCCUUACUCAGAAAACUUUAACCAACUGGCAGAAUGGAGCGUACCAACUAGGACAGCUUGACAAAGUGAACACAGUGCUGUCAUCCCUCCUAGUGGUGGUUCGGGUGCAAUCAUCUCCUGAGGAACAGUGUGUGUUGACUGCGAUAAGGAUAAUCACACAGUUAUGGUUACGAAUGAGUCCAGACCAGGUGCAGACCCAUCCUAUUCUCCAGUCUACUCUGCAGCUGCUCCUGUUAAUAUCAGCCUUUUUAGUGAAAAACCUUGAACCUCAAGUCAUUUGUGACGCUCUGUUGUGUGUGGAUGCUGUGGUGUCUCAGAAGUGUCCAGAAGAGCUGCUGCUGGCUGCUCUGGGGUUCCUCUCCUCACUGGGGAGGAUCUUUGUCCCUCCUGACAGCCAGAAUCAUGUCCUGCCGAGGCUGAGCAGUCUGUUUGCAGUCCUGUUGGCCGACAGAUUCUGGCUGCUACAUCAGCACGCCCUGGAGGCCUUUUCUCAGUUUGCAGAGAUUACAAACCAUGAAGAGGUCAUUUCCCUGAGUUUGUCUGUAGAAGAGACCAAGACGAAGGUGGUGAACUAUCUUAGCAAGACUGUAAAUGCACAGGAAGAUGUGGAGUCGCGGCUUCAGAGAUUGAAGCUGGAGACAGCAGUUACUGAACAACACAACGAACGGCUGGAGAAUGACAAAGAGAAGACUUCCAACAAACCGGCUGCUGAAGCUGCAGAUUCAGAGCCGUGCUCAAAGAGACCUCGGCAGGAGAGCGGAGCAGAGGAGGAGUACAGUCGCUACAUCCAGACAGCAGAAAGCGCUCUGAAAGCUCUUCAUGCUCUCACUGAGAGUAAAGCCAGCUCUAGUGCUCCUCCUCCACAGUGGCUGGAAGCCAGACUGCAGGAGCUCCAGACCCUCAUCACCCACAUCAGUACGGCCAGACACACAACUUAG